AUGGGGCGUGCCGUCACCGAGGGAUCAUUUAUUACCAAGGGCGAUGACGGUGUCGUUAAACAUCCAAAAGAUUGGGAUGAUGCUGAAACCAAAAGCGCUUCAUAUGAUUUGAAAGCGAGGAACAUACUUAUUUCCGCUUUAAGCGCUAAAGUGUUAUAUUUAAAUUCACAUUAUACGAGUGCUAAUAGUAUGUGGGACGAUCUCCAAACUCUUUACGAGGGAUCUCAUGACGUCAAUGAUUCUAAAAUCAAUAUGUUUACAGAGGAGUUUGAACUAUUUCAUAGGAACCCGGAGAAUCAACAAAUUGAGAAAUUUGGGGAGUGGAAACCAAAGGUCAUUGCUAUAAAAGAAUCAAAUGGUCUUAGUACUUUGGAUAUUACAAAAUUGUUUGGAAAGUUAGCCAAGUACGAGAAUGAGCUAAAUCGAAUCCCCGAUAGCGAAGAAGAAAUAGGUUUAUUCAUCAGACGAUACAAUGGAUAUCUAAAUAGAAACAGGCUCAAGCAUAUCGACAAAGGUCUAGUGAAUUUUAAAAAUACUCAUCCACCAAAGAAAGAUCACAAGAAAGGUGAUGAUGAUAUCACAUGUUACGAAUGUGGAAAAUUGGGACACUAUAGACCCAUAUGCCCAAGUCUCACAAAACAUCAUAAAAGUAAAGACAAUGAUUUCUACAAGAUGAAGAGAAACUGUUACAAUGGUUGUAGAGCCUACAUCGUGUGGGAAGAAGAGGAUGAGAGCUCCUCCAUCGAUUCUUGCUCGAGUUCAGAUGAUGAGUGUGUCAACUUUCAUUUGAUGGCACGUAAGAAAGGUGAAACUUCAAAGGUAUAUAAUUCUUAUUUUGAUAAUGAGUAUUCUUAUAGUGAAUUGUCAAAUUCAUUCAAUGACAUGUAUGUUGAUUCUAUAAAAGUGUUUAAGAAAACUUCUCUCCAAAAAGAAAUGAUUUUAAAACUUGAAGAAGAGAUAAGUCAUAUUAAUCAUGCUUUAGAAUCUCUUAAGAAAGCAUAUACAUCUCUAAUGGAUGAGCAUUGUAAUGUUUCAAAUACUUUAGUUGAAAAGAUGGAAGUUGUGGAAUGUGUUAAGUGUCCAAUUUUAAAACUUGAAAUUGAAAUUCUUAAAGGACAACUAACACAUGCUACUUCACUAUCUUGUACUUUUUCUAGUUGUGAAAGAGGAAAUAUUUUUAAGAAAAACUCUUGUGUCACUAAAAGAAAUAGAAGAAAUAAUUCUUCUAAAUCUAUUUGCCAUUAUUGUGGAGAUAAGGGUCACAUUAGGCCUCUUUGUCAUGAAAGUUUUACCUCUGCAAAAAGAUUAUGGUUUCUAGAUAGCGGAUGUUCAAGACACAUGACAGGAGAUGCUUCCAUGUUCAUCAAGUUCGAUGAGAAUGAAAGUGGUCACGUCACGUACGAAGUCAAUAUGAAAGGUAAGAUUCUUGGUGAAGGUAUUGUGGGAAAUACCUUACAGUUACCAUUGGAAAUUUGUGUAACUGAGCAUAAGACUAGUAAGGACCUUGUGUUUAAGGGUUCUAGGAUUGAAAAUGUCUAUAUGCUUGAUCUAGAUGAUGUUUCAAUGUAUGGAACUAAGUGUUUGGUAGCUAAGAGUGAAGAUUCUUGUUGCAAAUGCUUUAUUUUAAAUAAUAGAAAGGAUGGUAAAUUCGAUGCAAAAUCUGAUGAAGGUAUAAUAACGGAAAGAUUGGUCGACGAUGAAAGUUCCAAAGAGGAUUCUACUCCUUCAACAAAGGAUGAGGACAUUACUGAAGAUAAAGAGGAAAGGUUACAUGAGAAUGAAAAAUAG